AUGGGUUAUGUGCUGAGGGUGAGAUUGGCGUCGUUCUUCGCCGGAGCAGCGACGGCGUCGUUCGUCGGGCUCUACAGUCUGUACAAGGAUUACAAGGUGGCUCAUGAAUCGAUUUCUCAACAGGUAACUGGCCUUUACGAGACACUCGAUGCACGGAUCUCUGCACUCGAGAACUUGAAACAAAAUGAAGUCUCCCAACCAGCGGAGGCUACGGAGUAG